CUGAAGAAACCACAGCGAAAUGUGGUAUGUGUUAAAUAUUAAUAUAAAAAAUAAUUAUGAAGCUUUUAGUGUUGGUGUUACUGGUGACUUGCUGUGGAUGUAGACCAACACCAGAUAGCCCAACGACAAAAUGUGAAACUACAACGAAUUCUCCGACGACCACGGCUACUACUACGCCUAAAGAUUCGACUACAACGACUACUCCUUCCACUACCGCAACUACUCCUACUACUAGUGUAACUACUCCUACCACUACUGUAACCACUCCUACCACUACCACAACUACUCCUACCACUACUAUCACUACCCCUACCACUACCGCAACUACUCCUACCACUACCGCAACUACUCCCACCACUACUAUUUCUUCCACUACUGCUACUACUCCUACCACCACUACAACUACUCCUACUACUACGGUCACUACUCCUACCACUACUGUAACCACUCCUACCACUACUGUCACUACUCCCACCACUACCGCCACUACUCCUACCACUACUGUAACGACUCCUAAAACUACUCCUACCACUACUGUAACCACUCCUAAAACUACUCCUACCACCACUGUCACUACUCCUACCACUAUCGUAACUACUCCUACCACCACCACUGCUCCUACCAAAACAACCACUGUUACAACACCUUGCACUACGAAACCCCAUAAAAACCACAAGUCCCACCCCAACCACCAUCACAAACCAAAACACCCGAAAAGACACCAUGACCACAGGAAUAAACCAUGUCAUCACAAUCAUCAUCCAAAGAAGAAUCAUCAUCAUCAGUCACCGCAACAUCACGGCAGGGAAAAAGAAGAGCUGUUCCAUUUGAAUUUAGGUUCAAUUUUAGAUGUUAGUGUGGAAUUGUAGAUUUG